UUUCAUUCUAGAACUCCUACAGCUGUCGAGCGACAUCAUCCUAUAAAGCCUGUUGUCUGUCGCUCGUUUUAAUCGCUCAGUAACCUCGUGCAACCCUGCCAGCCACCACCUCAAAUCAUCCUACUCACCUCUCGUCACAAUGCUUCGUCUCGAAACCCUCGCUGCCCUCGCCGUCCUCGGCCUGGCCAACGCUCAGUCUACCGUUGGCUUCGGUCCCUACUUCAGCCUGGGUCCUACUCAGAGCUGGAUCCGCGAGGCCACGACCACUCUUGUGCUCCCCGAAGUUCCCAGCCCCGUCGCGGACCGUCUCGCCCUGUGGCCCGGCAUGGGCACCAGCGGCGGUGAUCUGAUCCAGGCGCUUGCUGUUUCUUUCUCCGACCCCAAUGCCAACUGCGGCGGUACCUCCGGCCAGUGGUGCAUCUGGGCCAGCACCCUCGAGGACACGCAGCUUGGUGGCACCCAAGUUCCGGCCAAUGCCGGUGACAAGGUGACCAUGGAAUACAAGUACAACGAUUCCACCUCCAAGUACGAUCAGACCGUCUCUCUUAACGGCAAGGUCGUCUCGACUCUGUCGACCAGCUCCGGCCAAGCUCAAGGCUGGGGCACCGCCGUCGAAUGCCAGGACGAUGCCUGCAAGAGCACUGCUCGCGCUCACCAGUACAUCGACACCACGAUCGUCCUGAACGCCGCGGACAGCACCUUCGCCGGCACCCUGGCCACCAACGAGGUCACCUCCACCGGUCUUAAGACCUCCGACUCCAAGACCUUCACCGUCGAGACGAUCAACGUCCAGGCCCACACCUAUGAUAUUUAAAAGUGGGGCCAUGAGAUGGGGUUGUAUUUUUAGGAUAUGCUGGCGUGACUAUAUCGAAUAACACUUGAGCUCUGCGAGCGGUUGCGGGAUCUGUGUACAUUAUAUAUCAUGCGACAAUGUAAAGAACUGUGGAAGUCAGUAGUAAGACACUGGAGUGGCGACUUUUUUGAAGAAUGGAGAGCGACUGUCGAGCUCUCGGCCGAUUGAUAGGGGUCCCCGAGCUGUAUCACCUGGCUGUUGGCCCCUGAAACUAUUUUAGGCCCGACACAACCAGAGACUGCAG